AAUGUAUUUUUACACUGGCAACUGUGCAAUAACAUCAAUAUUUUGGAAAUAACAUGCAUUUGUAAAAAAGUGAAAUUUUCUUGCCAGACCAUAUUGCACUUAAAAUACCUCAUCUCUAUCUUUUGUGCUGAAAGCAUCAAAGAGCCGUCAGUGGAGAAUGAAUGGAGGCACACAUCAAGGUUUCUGGGUACAGGACUAAAGAUAAUGUGUUCCUGUUGCCUAUGAAAAGUUUGUUUGUGCUUCCUAUGCCAGAAGUCUUUCUACACCUUGGUCCUUAUCACCUGUUUGCUGUAUACACUGCCUGCAGUGAUGCAUAUCAUCAACAAGCUACUGAUCUCCCAAACCUUCUCACAAAAAACUGAGUUCUGAGUCUCCAUCCAAGUUAAAGCCAAUAGGCAUAAGAUCCACAAUAUUGUGCACAAAAGAGAGAAAGGAAACCUCACCGCCCUAUUAUUCACGUACAAAUUGCAAAUUCACUUCUACAAAUAAACAGAAUUUGAGUCAUCCUGUCUUUAAAAGAAAACACAGUGUAUGGGUUUUCUAAGGCAAGGACUGAUUAAACAACAUGCAACUCUCAAGCUGUUUACAUUGCAUUUUUGGUGUUUACCAUCACGCGCGGUUUCCAGGUUUGCCCAAUUAGGGUGGGGGUCACAAAUUAGAGAAUUCAUUCCUUCAUUUCCCUUUGGAAAAACUGGAAAUUGACCUGCACAUUUGUAAAUGACUUGUAAGAAGAAAGGUAGAUGAUAAAAUUUUACUGUCAAGAGUUAAAGUGUUCUGAGGGGGGGUAUAGAUUACAAUGAUCACAAGAGAUGAGAGAUACUUCAAGGAUGCUUCUCUUGGUUUAAUGCUUCGUCUACUUCUGUUCAGCUUGAUUAUUGUUAAUGGCUACCUUAUCCAUGUACCUUGUCUUAGCUACCUUAGAAAAACUGCUUUGCAUGUUGAUUGGGGGAGGGGUAAUCCAUUUUGCAGCUGUCAUAGACCAAUGAUGAAUCACUAUCCCUGCCAUUUGGCCGCCUUCCCCCUGACGGGGAGAAAGAGGAGGGGAGCAGCAGGGAGAAUCCACACUUCAGACUUCUAACAUGAAGACAAAAUGACUCUGCUGCCACAGUGUCUUCCUAUAUGUGUAGCUUCUGUCUAGUAUCAGCCUAGAGGAGCUCAACUGCGACUACCAAUUCAUGCUGGAGUUGGAUAUUAUAGUAACACCACUUGUAUGUUGUGACUUCUAGGUAUAAAAGAAUACAACUUUUCUAUCAGGUCAGAUGUUGCGGAUUCUCCUUAUUAUAGGUCUAUGGAAAUGCAGGAUCUAGCUAGUCCUCAUAGUCGACUUAGUGGCAGUAGUGAUUCUCCCAGUGGGACAAGCCUCGAUAACUCACAUAUAAACAACAAUUCCAUGACACCAAAUGGCACAGAAGGGGACAGCAUGACUCUUCUGAACACUGCAGACUGGUUGCUAUGUGCUAGUAUGCAGACCACUGCAGUUAAAACAGAGCCAAUGAGCGGCAGUGACAUCACUGCAACGACUGCAGACGUAUCUUUAGACAACUACUCAGGGUCAGUAAUUGGAAGCAGUGGAUUUAGCCCCAGACAUACGCACCAGUUUUCCCCUCAAAUCUACCCAUCCAAAGCUUACCCACAUAUCCUGCCCACCCCUUCCUCACAAACGAUGGCUGCAUAUGGGCAGACUCCAUUCCCCACAGGAAUGCAGCAAGCCACAGCAUAUGCUACAUACCCCCAGCCAGGACAGCCCUAUGGAAUUCCUCCUUACGGUGCAUUGUGGGCAGGCAUCAAGACGGAAGGAGGAUUACCGCAAUCUCAAUCCCCAGGACAGACAGGAUUUCAAAGCUAUGGUUCAAGUUUCAGUGCUCCUCAGCCAGGCCAAGCUCCAUAUAGUUACCAAAUGCAAGGGAGCAGUUUCACCACAGCAUCAGUAAUCUAUGCAGGAAGCAAUUCACUCACAAAUUCAACAGGAUUUAAUAGCUCCCAGCAGGAAUAUCCAUCGUAUCCCAACUUUGGCCAAACUCAGUAUGCACAGUAUUACAACAGUUCUCCAUAUCCAUCACACUACAUGACAAGUAGCAACACAAGUCCCACUAUUCCCUCAACUACUGCAACGUACCAGCUGCAGGAACCACCAUCUGGUGUCACCAGUCAGGCAGUAACAGAUCCUUCCACAGAAUACAGCACAAUCCAUAGUCCAUCAACACCUAUUAAAGAUUCAGAAUCUGAUCGAUUACGGCGUGCGUCAGAUGGAAAAUCACGUGGACGAGGACGAAGAAACAAUAACCCAUCCCCACCUCCAGACUCUGACCUUGAAAGAGUAUUUAUUUGGGAUUUAGAUGAGACGAUCAUUGUCUUCCAUUCAUUAUUGACAGGAUCCUAUGCAAACAGAUAUGGACGGGAUCCACCAACAUCUGUGUCACUUGGACUUCGCAUGGAAGAAAUGAUUUUCAACUUGGCGGAUACACAUUUGUUCUUCAAUGAUUUAGAAGAAUGUGACCAAGUUCAUAUAGAUGAUGUAUCAUCAGAUGACAAUGGACAAGAUUUGAGCACAUAUAACUUUGGGACAGAUGGUUUUCCAGCAGCAGCAACAAGUGCAAACCUCUGCCUUGCAACAGGGGUUCGAGGUGGUGUAGACUGGAUGAGAAAAUUGGCUUUUCGUUAUAGAAGAGUAAAAGAAAUCUAUAGUACCUAUAAAAAUAAUGUUGGAGGUUUGCUUGGCCCAGCAAAGAGGGAAGCCUGGUUACAGCUAAGAGCCGAGAUCGAAGCUUUGACAGAUUCAUGGUUAACUCUUGCACUAAAAGCUCUUACAUUAAUUCACUCCAGGACAAACUGUGUAAAUGUACUAGUCACAACUACUCAACUUAUACCAGCACUAGCGAAGGUCUUGCUGUAUGGAUUAGGCAUAGUCUUUCCUAUUGAAAAUAUCUAUAGUGCAACUAAAAUAGGUAAAGAAAGCUGCUUUGAAAGGAUAGUUCAGAGGUUUGGAAGAAAAGUAGUCUAUGUUGUAGUUGGAGAUGGUGCAGAGGAAGAGCAAGGAGCCAAAAAGCAUUCGAUGCCAUUCUGGAGAAUAACAAGCCAUUCAGAUUUAAUGGCACUGCACCACGCAUUGGAACUUGAAUACUUGUAGCAGGAAAGCAGCACUUUGUUUCCGAACACAAAUAAACCCUGCUGAUGGGUUACAUGAAACAGAUGUUCCGGUGUCCCUGUGCAACAUUGCUGAAAUGCAAUUUCAACCGGAAGCGCUUAUCUUCUGUUUGAUACACUGCUGAUAAUUUAAGCAAUAGGACUUAAAAGGGAAAAAUACCUAACAUAAAGAACACUGGUCUUCAUUAUAGCUCCACAGGCAAAACAAAAGGGUUCGUACCUGUGAAGAAAAUGGAAACUAAGACCUUGCAACUCCUUUAUAGGCUUCAUGAUUUCCACAUAAGGAAAGUUGACUGUGGAAUGGCAGGUUUUACUGCACAUUAAACAGCUAUGCUAAAGUCUCUUUAGUAUAGUGCCCUAGAAAGUUUUUAUGUCUUAUUUAUGGAUGGACACUUCAGCUUGACGUACAGAGCUAUAGUAGAACAAAGAUGGCACCAAGGACCCAUCUUUGUAAUUUAAAAAAUGACUUUGGGCAAUAGAGUCGAAAGCAGAUGUAGGCAAUCUAGGGUUUCCUACAGAUUCCAAACGAGGUUUCUGGGAUUGCUUUUGCCCACAUCAAGCAAUCGAUAGGUUGCCUACCUCUGAUCUAAAGUAUGUAUACUGUAAUUUAAAAUAGAAAUAUGUACAUCACUGCGACAAUCAUGUACAGAAAGAUUUGUUUGUGUGUAAAUUUGUAAUAAUGGAUUUGUUUACAUAUUGUUUAGGUAAAUUUUAUUGAGCUAGCAAAGCCUUGGUAGAUCAGACGUGCAGGACGGCGUGUGUACAAACUCUUGUGCAGUGCCUUAUCAAAGUGUUAGUUAUAAAUAUGUAGAUAGGUGUUUUAUAUAUAUAUAUAUAUAUAUAUAUAUAUAUAUAUAUAUAUAUAUAGUAACAUUUGUUAAGACCAAACACAGAUGUCAAGUGUCAAUAACAUCUUACAAAGUUUUUUCUUUGCCAGUUAAAUAAAAUGGUUUCCCAUUCUCUAAACUUUGACACUAUUGCUCAUUCUUUUUAUUUUUCCAGACCGGCACAAAUAUGGUUUCAGAAAAAUAAUCUAAAAUAAAAAAGACAAAUCAGUUACAUAACUAUACAGCAAAUUAAAUGGAUACUCCGUCCCAGACAUCUUAUCCCCUAUCCAAAGGAUAGUUUGCUCUGUAAUGAUGAUGGCAGGGUGGCACUGCAGAGAUCACUGGGGUCCCCAGCGGCGGGCCCCCUGCGAUCAGGCAUCUUAUCCCCUAACCUUUGAAUAGGGGAUAAGAUGUCUUGGGCAGAGUACCCCUUUAACAUCAAGGGUUAUUCAAGAUUGGAAAAUCAGAGCAAAUUUUUUCUAAAAAUAGCACCACUCUUGUCCUCUGUUUGUGUGUGGUAUUGCAGCCGAGCUGCAGUACCACACACAACCUGAGGACAAAUGUGGUGCUGUUUUUUUUAAAUGAAAGUAGUUCUAUUUGGAUAACCCCUUUAAUGCGUACCUCCAAUGAUGGUCUCAGUGGUAAGUCUAUGAAAAUUCCGUCAAACUUGUCUUAUGAUCACAAUAGUCACGGGGCAAGUCUCAGGCAUCAAAGUUGCCACAAAAUGUAAACACUUACCCUGCCACCGGGACCAGUAUUUGAGGUAUGUUAAAAAGGAGUACUACACAGGACAGGGGAUAAGUGUCCAAUCUCGUUAGGGGGUUUGACCUCUGGGACCCCCACGAUUUCCCAAAUUGAGCCCCAUCUCCAACCUCUGGACAUUUUUUUCUUGGCACUAAGUCCUCCUUAACACCAGCCUUAACCUUAUGAGACAGCUAUCUUGUGUUUAACAGUGAUGGCUAACAAUCACUGGCUAAGACAGUACCCAUCACUAUUCAGCCUAAAAUUAGUGGCAGAUCCACUUUAGAGGGAAGCAACCAACAUAAGUACACCUCUGGUUUGGAGGUACCCAGGAUUACAUAUUUGGGAAUAGUAUUGUGUGCAAAACUCUACUCACAAUAAAUACAAGAAUUUGGGACAAAGAUUCAUACCUAGAACUGAAAAACUGUGGGACAGACAAGUAUUCCUCAGAUUUGCCAUAUUGACAGACUGUUUUAUGACUAUGGACUACUACAUCAUGGCAGUCUAUGGUUUGUUGAUAGACUUGAAGGGCAACUACAUGUUAUUCCCAGAUGCUGCCUAGAAAUGACUACAGUAAGCACUCUUUACACACUUUAAACAAAAACACAAGCACAUGUGACUUUGCUCUCCUGAAAGCUGUAUAAAUGUAUUAACUCUAAAUGUAUGGGUUGAAUUUUCUUUUUGUACAAUUUUCUUGAAAUUAAAGAAGCACUCUGACUUUUUUUAAUCAAUAGACAUAUAUUGUGCCAAAAUAUAUCAGAUAAAUUCUAUAUUAGUAUAUUUUCUUUUCAGCCAGAACCUUUAUAUUGUAUAAGAUGAUCCAGCAGAGACCCCCUGGAAAUGCUUUGAGUCUGUUUAGUAGGUAUAGUAAUCAUUUACUGGGUAGACCCACUUCUGACUCACCUGCAAGUGUGGGGCUGUACAUUCUGGAUAUACUUUGGCAUAUUGGGAAAAAGUAUGCCAUCAAAUAUUGCUGCAUACACAUGGUGGGCCAAUUGAGUUUAAUGGACCAAGUUGUCUGCUAAUGACUUUGAUUGGUCAAUUCCCUGAACACAUUCUGUUUUGUGUGAUACCUGCACAGAAACCAUGUAUGCUCAGAAAAUGGACUGAAUGUUGUCACUAGUAGACUACAUUAUUACUAUCAAACUCAACAGGCCCCCGAAAGCUAUAUCUCAAAGUUGAUGUAAAUUAAUUCUUAACAUUACCCCAACAUCACGUGACCACAUAGAGAUGCAAAAGCAGGACAUCUGGAAAAGUCGCCCCAAGGAUAGCCCACUGAACUGAAAAUACAGAUAACAUGGUUACAGUAACUAAUCCUGAUAAUCGGGAGUAUAUGUUAUUUGUUAAUUAAUAAUAAUACCAUAUUGGGUAGACUUAAUCAAAGAAAAAAAAAUCUGGAGUGCUACUUUAAUUUACCUCUCAAUUUACAAUUUUAACAGACAUGACAACCCCCCCCCGCCCCCGGCACACUAUGGACUCACACUGCUGCUAGAAUUAGUAACUGGUGGACUCUGCAUCUUUUUCUUAAGGAAAAUACACAGGGAUUCUUUAUUUUAUUCUUUUAACAGUUCAAGUAACAGUGAAUAUUUCAGCCGUAUUGUACAAAAAAUAGCAUGUUGUACCCAUAGAUAUGUACAGUUUCUCUUCUCAUUCAAUUUUGUGUUAAAUUAAUAAAUUUAAUUUGUGAAAUAAUAAUUAAAUUGUGCUUAAUUUUAUUUUUACAUGUACCUAUUGUAAUUAUUAUUGUAUUACUUUUGUUAUUUUUGAUUCUGUAAAGCAAAAAAGAAAAAAAAAAUAGAAACUUUGGAAAAGAGUGAAUCAUUUUAAAUAAAAUCAGAAGACUACAAUUGAGGAAUUCUUCUAUGUAUGUUUUCUAUGUGUGCCAAUAUGAAUGAGGGGAAUCUCUUUCUAUGUUUUUUUUUUUAAUUAAAAUGUAAACGUAUUAUCUAAUUAAAUGGGUUAUGCAGGAAUAAAAAAACGUGGCUGCUUUCUUCCAGAAAUAGUGCUACUCUUGUACUCAGUU